UUUUCCGAACGAUUUGAUACAACAAGCACAAUUUUCAAUUCAAAUUGAUUAAAUUUUUUAUUUGGACACCAAAACCAUGUGGUCAUCGGACGAGCUUAUAUUCCGCAACUUUACAGAGCUUAAGAACCUUAAAUUCGAUGACGAAAAGGUAUCCACAACAACAUCCAGGGAGCAGCAAAAAACUGAGGAUUCGGUUGAGAAGUGCUAUGACCGCUUCGAGCAGACACAAUUCCUCAAUCCUCGCGUGACUCAGCUAAACCGCAUACAGCACCAACAGUAUUUGGAUCUGAUGCUGCGCAAUCUGCCAUCGAACUACGAGUGCUUGGAUAGCAGUCGUCCCUGGUGUAUCUACUGGAUACUGCAGUCGGCGCAACUGCUAAGCUUCACCUUCGAUGAGCAGACCCUCGACAGUGUUGUGCAGUUUCUCAUCAAAUGCCGCGCACCCACGGGCGGUUUCGGCGGCGGACCUGGUCAAUAUGCGCACCUGGCGCCCACCUAUGCUGCCGUCAACAGCUUGUGCAUCAUUGGCACCCAGAGCGCGUAUCGCGCCAUCGAUCGGGACUCGCUAAUUCAAUUUCUGUUUAGCGUGCGCGAUGCGGAUGGCUCCUAUCGCCUGCACGUAGAUGGUGAGACGGACGUGCGAGGCGCAUACUGUGCCAUAUCCUGCGCCAAGCUCACCAACGUCCCUGAGCCGGUACUGAAAGAAUUAUUUGCGGGCACCGCUGACUGGAUCGCCAGCUGUCAGACCUAUGAGGGUGGAUUUGGUGGCGCGCCUGAUUUGGAAGCGCAUGGUGGCUAUACGUUUUGUGGCAUUGCCAGUCUCGCGUUGCUCAACCAGGCAAAUAGGUGUGACAAGAAAGCGCUGCUGCAAUGGACACUGCGACGUCAGAUGAGCUAUGAGGGUGGCUUUCAGGGACGCACCAAUAAACUAGUAGAUGGUUGCUACUCGUUUUGGGUAGGCGCUACCAUUCCAAUAACGCAAGCUACGUUGGUUGGCUCGGACAAAAGCAUGGAUCAGACACUUUUUGAUGUUGAAGCUCUACAGGAAUACAUUUUGCUAUGUUGCCAAAAGGCAAAUGGAGGUCUGAUCGACAAGCCCGGCAAGCCACAAGAUCUAUAUCACACCUGCUACACGCUCAGCGGCGUUUCAAUUGCACAGCACUCGGAAUCCGCUAUGCAUCCACAAGUGCUAGGCGACAUUAUUAACGAAUUACUGCCCACCCAUCCACUGUUUAACAUACCACCGAAAUCAGUCGCAGCAGCUUUAAGCUAUUUUGCAAACAAUUCCAAUAAGGAUGGCAACGAUAGUACCUGGCGAACGGAGAAUUAGAGAAUAUUUGCAGAACCGAAUGAUGUACAUAAACGUUGAAAUUUAGUUGGCAAUCAAAAAUAUUAUAAAUUUCUACAUACUACGAACUAAAUUUGUCUA